AGGAGUUAGGGUUUCAGGCAGCAGAGAAAGAGCAAGCAGCCACAGCCACAGCCACAGCCACAGCCGCACCUCCCUCUUCUUCUACGUCGACGUCAUGGGUCGUAUGCACAGUCGAGGUAAGGGCAUUUCUUCGUCUGCUCUUCCUUACAAGAGAACACCGCCUACUUGGCUCAAGAUCUCCUCCCAAGAUGUUGAGGAUAACAUUUGCAAGUUUGCAAAGAAAGGGCUGACACCAUCGCAGAUUGGUGUUAUUCUUCGUGAUUCUCACGGCAUUGCUCAGGUCAAAAGCGUUACUGGAAGCAAGAUCUUGCGCGUUCUCAAGGGUCAUGGUCUUGCUCCUGAAAUUCCUGAGGAUUUGUACCAUCUUAUUAAGAAGGCUGUUGCCAUUCGAAAGCAUCUGGAGAGGAAUAGGAAGGACAAAGACUCAAAGUUCCGAUUGAUUCUUGUGGAGAGCAGGAUUCACCGACUUGCUCGCUACUACAAGAGAACAAAGAAGCUUCCUCCAGUCUGGAAAUACGAGUCUACCACUGCCAGCACUCUCGUGGCUUAGGCUAGGUAUUGUGCUAAAAAAGUUUUGGUACAAUCUGAGGAAGUUACGGAUACAAUGUUAAUCAUUGAAUGAGCUUAAGAUUGUCUGCUCUUGUUUUAGAAAGAUUUGUCUGAACUAAGAGACCUUGUAAUAUUUUCUUGACUAGCAAAAUAUUUUUUGUUCUAUGUUACUGCCAAGAUGGGGAAGAUAAAAAAGAGAACAUGCUCAUUUGUUUUUCAUGGUUUCCUAUUUAUUUAUGCUUGGGAGUUAGUGAUCA